AUGGCUGAAGGAAAAUUUCGCGCUCAGAGGUUUCUUGGUUGCGGCUAUCACACAUUCGUUUAUUCCGUGACUUCGAUGCAAAAACACGAUAGAGGCGAAUCGUACGCGAUGAAGCGUUUUUUUCUUCACCAGCCCACACCCAUUAUUUUAGCCAAAAGAGAGCAUGAUAUUCUCAAAAGAAUUACCUUGGAUCCUCAUUCAUCCCCGUUUUUACAAAAACUCCACUAUAGCCUCGUCAUCCAAUUUUCGCCAGUUCUGGUGCUCACAGAGGCAUUGGGUAUCACAAUUCAUGAUAUUUUGUCUAUCACAGGCCAUUUGGAAUAUGAAGAUGUUAAGUUCUAUUCGAGUGAAAUAAUCUGUGGUCUUAAGUACCUUCACGAGAAACGCAUUGUUCACAUGGAACUGAAACCAGAUAAUAUUUUAUUUUCCAAAUCUGGCCACAUUUUGAUAUCCGACUUUGACCGUUCUUAUGACUUGUCUCGAUUUGGAAGGCCUAGUAAAGCAUGGGAGUUUUGCGUAAAUCAGUACUUUGCGGCCCCUGAGAUUGCAAAGGAAGAAGUGAUUUCUGAAAAAGCUGAUGUCUGGAGUCUUGGAGUUCUGACAGCAUUGAUGCAUGGCAUAUACAUUCGUCCUAACAAUGUAGACAAAGAACAAGGCAAAAAAUUGGCGAAAAGGGGUUAUUGGUAUAUUAGAGGAUUCUCCAAUUUGCCGAAGGAUUUGCAGGAAUUUUUUAAUCAAGUCCUUUCUACUAGCUAUGUUCUACGACCAAGCAUUGAACAAGUUCAACGCCUCGGGCUGUUUCGGGAUGUGGAUUGGCAGAAAGUUAAAGAACUUAAAGUUAAACCACCAAUCUCAAAUUGCUGCCUCAUGGGCUUCGUUAAUAUAAUGAAAUAUGAUUAUAAUCCAACAGAUCCCGUAUUAUUGCAAUCUCUCUAUACCUUCCAAAUGCCCAAAGUUCAUGAAUAUAAUUUUCAAUUUGUGGACGAUCUAAACGGAAACAAGAAUUUUAUCUUUGUUAUACCUAAAAUUAUACCUUCACCAAAUUUUGCUCUAACGCUUUCGGAAAUAUUUGUUGAAUUAAGGAAGUUCAAUUUUAUUCAUCCAGUUUUAAAUUAUCUUCGACUGUUGAUGAAGUAA